AUUUCAAAAUAUAAAUCAACCGGCCGAGGUUAUUUCCCGCUCAAAGCUGUUUUUAUUGUCAUUGCUCUAUUUUAUUUUGUGUCUUUUGGCAUUUUAUAUUUAGUCCUGAAUCUUAUUAUUUAGCCUAUUCUUGAAAUAUACUUUCCUGUCAAAUUUUAAUCAUGAAUUUAAACGGUGGUUUAGAUGGUGAACGGAUCUGUAAAUACAUCACUCGUCGCCCUGACAAAGAUUGUGAUCAAGAAAAAAGAGUUCCUGUUUAUGGAAACCUAGUGUUUGAAGAUGAUUGUCCUCAUAUUAUUCAUAGUUAUCCCGUGGCCUACAAAGAUUACAUCAUCGGUCGAGAAAAAACGUCUCAUUUGAGAAUUACUUCUCCCAUUGUGUCAAGGCUGCAUUGUAUUAUUAGCUGUGAAGAUGGUAAUCCUAUCUUGAUCAACAAAUCGGGAUUAAAUGGUACCUAUGUUGAAGGAGAACCAAUUGCAACUAAAACUAAAUUAAUAGAUGGUGUUGUUAUCAAGAUUGGUAUGCAUUCAUUCCGUUUCGAUUCCGUCGACUCUGAUGAUACCGUUCUUGAAGAGAAGAAAGAUCCAAUGAUGUCUCCAAUGAAGCGAGAAAAGGGUAACCUCAAAGUUACCUUUGAAAAUGGUGUUGACUCAAAGCAUGCGGAAGAACACCAAGAAGCCCUUGAAGAAGCAAAGUUUGCAAUCGCAAAAGAAGAAUCUAUUGAAAAACCUGAACCCAUUGAAGAACCUGAACCAGUUGAGGAAUCUGAACCAAUCGAAGAUCCUGAACCCGAACCCGAACCCGAAGCUGAACCUGAACCAAAGAAAAAAGCGACAAAAAAAGCACCAGUUGCCAAAAAAGGACGCAAAAAGGUUGCUUGUAGUAAGAGAACUGCGAAAGUAGAGCCUGAGGAAGAUCAUGAAGAAAUAGAAAAAGGGUCCGAACUAGAGAUGGAACAAGAAGCAGAAAAAGCACCAGAAAUAGAACCACAAAAAGAUGCAGUUAACGAGUUGGAGAAAGAGCCAGAAUCUAGUUCAGAAAUAGAGCAAGAACCUGAGCCAGAGCCAGAACCGAAACGCGAGGAGAAGCUUGAACAAGAACCAGAAAACGGAUCAGAGCCAGAGCCAGAGUCAGAGACAGAUCAAAAAUCAGAACUAGAACAAGAACCUGAGCAAGAAAAAGAGCAAGAGCCAGAACAAGAAGAUGAACAAGAGGCAGAACAUGAACCGCAGUCUGAGUCAGAGCCCGAACCCGAACCAAAACAAACAAAACAAAAAGUAAAACGAGAAACGAAAAAAGUAACGAAAAAAGUGACAAAAAAAGCAAAAAAAGAGCCAGAGCCUGAACCUGAGCCUGAACAAGAAGAUGAACAAGAGGCAGAACAUGAACCCGAGUCAGAGUCAGAGCUCGAACCAGAACCAGAACCCGAACCAAAACAAACAAAACAAAAAGUGAAACGAGAAACGAAAAAAGAAACGAAAAAAGUGACAAAAAAAGCAAAAAAAGAGCCAGAGCCUGAGCCAGAGCCUGAGCCUGAACAAGAAGAUGAAGAGGCAGAACAUGAACCCGAGUCAGAGUCAGAGCCCGAACCAGAACAAACAAAACAAAAAUUGAAACGAGAAACGAAAAAAGAGUCAAAAAAAGAAGCAAAAAAAGAGCCAAAGAAAGAAACAAAGAAACCAGCAAAAAAAGAGACGAAACAAGAGUCCAAAGCAAAGUCUAAAUCAGGAGCUAAAUCUGUUCCUAAAGCAGAAUCUAAAGCAGAUACUAAUGGCGAAGUGAAAGAAGAGCCUAAGCCAGAAGUUAAACGUUCAACGCGAAAUAAGAAAACAUUCCAAGACAAUAAUGAACCUUCGGCGAUAAGUGACAAUACGAAUAAAAAACCACGUCGUAAAGCUACAAAGUCCAAGCUGGUGGACGAAGAUGGAGACAAACAAGAGGCUACACCGCCAAAGAAGCCUGCCAAACCGGUAGAAGAAGAAAACAAAAGACCAACUCGAGCUCGCAAGGCCAAAGUAUUAGAUUGAAGAGAUAGUUAAUGAAUCACGGUUUAUUCAAUAUUUAAUUUUGUAAUACACCAAAUAUUGUCAUUGGUUUUACAUUUCCUCUCCUUGUAAAAGUUUUUAAUCCUCAAGUUUUCGAGGGACAUUCUUUAAAUAAAUCAUCCUAAAUUUUCUUCGCA